CUUCUUCCUCCCAUCUCUUCCCUCUCUCUCUAUCGGCUGCCACCACCGUCGUCGCAGCCGACCCGCCACGCCGUCGCGGCCUCCUCCACCACCGCCGUGAUGGCCUCCCACCACCACCGUCGUCGCAACCCUCCCGCCGCCCUCUGUCUCCAACCACCACCGUCGCCACGAGGUUGCCGGAGGGAGUCUGCCGGAGAGAAUUCGCCGAAGAAAAAGUCUGUCCAUCGUAGCGGAGUGGCCGCAGGAGAAAGGAAGAGAGAGAGAUAGAUAGAGAUAUUAAUGUAUAGGAUUUAAAUUUAAAAAAAAUUGUAUUUAAUAUGAGUUUUUAAUUCCCA